UCUCUCUUUCUGAGACAGCAUGGCUCAUGCACCCUGACCAACUCAGCUGCCUGGAAGGUUACUGUUGUGGACUAUAUCGUACCAGUGAAUCUCGAAUACGCCGAAACCUUUUCCUUUCUGUCCAGAAAGAUAGUUUGGUUUCCUAACCCUCCUCUGAAGACAGCGCUUCAGGACAGCGUCUACAUUAAUUCAGUUUAUAAACGCCAAGGUCCGACCACACAAACAGCGCAGGUCUUCAUUCACAUGUUGGAGAAUGAGGUGCCAGUGGACGCUGUUUUCAUUCACUCAAACUAACUACGGUGACGCGUUUUGGAAUGAGAAGUGAACAUUCAAAGGACCUGAAAUUUGCUUAAUUGUUUUUUUUCCUCGUGGAAAAAAAGUCGAUAAAUCGCAAGAAACGAUGUGCUUAUCAGACUGGACUAUUGACAGACAGCGAGCGCAUUAACCGGCUUCUUGGUGUUUCUUCUAAAAAUUAUUUACAUGUAACUGUGACUCUUCUUGGGACUCUGUCAUUCCUUACACUGCGGUCGUACAGCUCUGUUUUGAUUUAUUUGCAAUAAAAGAAACAUCAUUUGAAGCUAAGAAAUUCCAAGCGUGGGAUAUUCAAGGAAACCCUGACCGGUCCCGCAGUUCUUCAUCACCGGAUCGCUGUAUCGACGGGGGCUGCGAUUGAAACUUUCAGAAAUGCCGCAGGUGGAGAUGUUUUAUUUUGUGUUGAUCAGCCUGUGGAUGUCUGUGUUGGGCCUGGAACCAGCGUCUAAGGUUGUGGCGGAUCGCUACGCUGUCUACUGGAACCGAACAAACCCAAGGUUCUACCGAGGAGACUACCACAUCGACGUAUGCAUUAACGAUUAUUUGGACGUCUACUGUCCCCACUACAUGGACACGGUCCCUGAGGACAGAACGGAGCGCUACGUCCUCUACAUGGUCAACUACGACGGCUACAGCUCUUGCGACCACACGGCGAAGGGUUUCAAGCGUUGGGAGUGCAACCGGCCUCUCUCGCCCAACGGGCCUCUGAAGUUCUCUGAGAAGUUUCAGCUUUUCACACCGUUCUCGCUGGGAUUCGAAUUUCGGCCAGGCAGAGAAUAUUACUAUAUCUCCUCCACAGUCAGUGAAAAUGGGAGACGGAGCUGCUUGAGGCUGAAAGUUUUCGUCAGACCUUCAAACAACUGUGAUAAAAGUCACGACCGUGUUGUCAAGGACAAUGAUGGAAGCAUCAACUCCAUAGAAGAUAAUAAUGACGGAACAAGUCACGAAUCUGCCGAACCAUCCCGGGGCGAUGUCAACGGCGCCGGACGCAUUCAGACUGUUGGGCCUUUGCUGGCCUCAACGCUGGUUCUUUUGGCUACCCUCUCCUCUUUAUAGCAUCCCGCACACGUGCGGUGACAAACCCGAAAUACACAGGAGGACUCGUGAUCGAGCACUUUUAAGAAACAUUGAGAUUUUCUCUACGCCCAGGAAGAUGCUCAUCCUUUGGCGUGAUAACUGGAUGGUUUUCAACGAGCAAAAGAAAAUUCCCUCUGUUGUACACACAAAAAAACCCACUAAAUACAAAAAUAGAUCUGUGUCCUUUCGGUGCCCCUACGUGACGUUGGAGAGGGACUUGUAAUUGGGGGCAGAGGAAGAAAAUGACUCUUUUUCACAAAGACCGCUUUCAGUUUCGCCGUCCAGAAAAGAGAAGUCUUGGGAUCUCUCCACGUCGUCACUGUGGACUCAACCGCUGACUCUCCUAAAUAUCAAGGCAAAUUGCUGCCUGAUAGCGUCCCUUGGAAAGCAGGGAGCUUUUUAAUAUCUCAACCUGGACUCAGGUGCUCAGGUGAACGGUGACAAUUUUUGAAGCGUUUUCGUAGAUACAAGAAAAAGAUAAGCACUCGUUUUGUACAUUGUGUACAGGCGUACAUGGGACUGAAACGCAGAUGUGGUGUCCUUGAAGUGAAACGCUCAAGUGUAGCUGCCAAAAUCGAUGUUUUGUUAGGAGUACGGAGCCUCACUGAUCGAUCGUUUGAGUGAAUAUACUAAUUUGUUUGGUGAAUCAUCCUUUUCUUAUUUAUUGUUCAGUCUUAGUGCUCUUGACACUUUGUUGUACUAGUCAUCAGCCGGGAUUCAGGAGAAAGGAACACAAAAUGCCUAGCUGCAGUCAACUUACCUUGAUUUCGACUAAUAACUUAUGAUAAUUGGUUAGUAUGUUUCAUAUCAUGUCCAACAGGGGUCACGUCACUCCUUAAAGGGAUAGUUGUCAUUCCAAACCCGUAAGAUUGUCUUUGGAACACAAAUUAAGGUAUUUUUGAUGAAAUCCGAGAUCUUCCUGACCCUGCAUAGACAGCAAGGGUUCUUCAACGUUCAAGGUCCUCAAAGGUACCAAGAACUUCCACAAAAUAUUCCACGUGACGUCAAUGGUUCAACUGUAAUUUUACGAAGCUACAAGAAUACUUUUUGUGCACAAAAAUACCCCAAAAUAACUUUAUUAUGCCGCUAGGGUGACACAGAGGACAAGAAUUGUUGAAUAAAGUCUGGGUAAAGAUUUUUCUGAUCGACCAGUUGUUCAUUUUAAGCAUUAGUCGACUAUUAGUCGCACGUUUCUUAAUUAUAAGCGCUUAAGCGCAUGCAAAAACAGCUUGCCACAGCGUUCCAGCAGAUAUAAUAGUUAUGAAUGUGUCAGGGAAAACAGCAAGAAGACUGCAUUAACUAGCGCUUUCUUUAUUUCCGGUUUAAGAGAUGAAGUCAGCGACGCUGACUAGUCAUCUCCACAGUAGUAGAUGCGCUUGCAUGUUUCACAUGGAUUACAUAAUCUGACAAUAUUUGUUUUCUAUUUGAAUUGGUUCAUUUAAAAGUAUUAAGUAUACACAGAGGUUUGACGUUUUGCGCUCAAGAGACCGAGGCGUCAGAAAGCGCGUACUGUACUUUAAUUAUUUUACAAAAGCGCAACGUUUUGUUGUUCUGUGCACACAAAUAAAGUAGUCCUUACAGAUUCGAAAGACGUAUUACUCUUAUGUGUAUGAGCAAAAAUGACGGAGUAUUUUAAGUGCAGGUGACUGCACUGGCGGCUUCAUUUGUCAUGCAGUGAACGUACUUUAAUAGCGCACAUUUUUCUUGGUUAACAUGUUUUUACUACAUACAUCUUUCAGAUGAAAAGCCAUAUUUGAGGUCGAUGAAUGAUAGGUAAGAGUUUGGAUGUCCUGCCCAAUGGUUCAACUGUAAUUUUACGAAGCUACGAGAAUACUUUUUGUGCACAAAAAUACCCCAAAAUAACUUUAUUAUGCCGCUAGGGUGACGCAGAGGACAAGAAUUGUUAAAUAAAGUCUGGGUAAAGAUACUAUAUUACCACAUAGACCAGCCAUUAACGACUUCUCUGUAAUGGACUGCUUAACUUCGGCACUUCCCUUGAAUUCGACUAUUAGUGGGCAGCCCUAAUAAAGGCUUUAUUUUUGUUUUUUUUGCACACAAAAAGUGUUCUCGUAGAUUCAUAAAAUUACAUUUGGACCACAGAUGUCACAUUAUUUUAACAAUGUUCUUAGUACCUUUCUGGACCUUGACCGUGGUAGUUACGUUGCUGUCUAUGCAGGGUCAGAAAGCUCUCGGAUUCCAUUAAAAGUAUCUUAAUUUAUGCUCCAAAAAUGAGCGAAGGUCUUACAGGUUUGGAAAGACGUGAGGGUGAGUAAUUAAUGACAGAAUUUUCAUUUUUGGGUAAACUAACCUUUUAAAGGGGUCCGUUAUCAUGGAUAGGAGGGAGGAAAUGGUUUGCAUUCAUUUUGUAAAUGCUUCCUGUCUUUUUACCCUAGAGUAAUCGAAAUGAACAGCAUUAAUUCAGUCAACAAAAUGAGCUCAUACCUUGCCAAUUGAAUUGUUAAUUAUGUGAAAACCAUUUUCAAGGAUUCUUUCUUUUUUCUAAGCAUGAAGUAAUGAAAUUAUUUUCCUCAAUGAAUUCUCACAUGGACUUUCUUUUUGUCGAAGUGCAUUUCAACCGUGCCGUUUAUAUUUAUUUACCUUUUUAACGCGCAUUAAACGCUCAUCUGGGAUCUGCUGAAACAGUAGCGGAGCGCUGCUUCCACCCCGGUGGCAGCUGACACCCUAACGUGAUUUAAUAGGCUCUUUGAUGUUGUCCAAAGUGCCUGGCACGCAGACCACAUACUGCGAGGCCUCAUGUGGGUUAUUUCUGGAAUUAAAAAAUCGACAGGAGCACGGGAGGAGCGCGGUGUCCAGUUUAGCCGCGGGCUAGCGUUACUCUGGUGAACUUGGCCAGAGAUGGAGAAAGAUGAGAUCUCCUGCUGGGAUCAAUAGUAAUGGCCUUUACAGACACAAAACAGGGUAAAUAUUUGCCCCGGUCCCUGGUUUCCCUUCCUCAAAUGGUUUUCGUGUUUUUCAUUCACAUCUACUUAUCAACAGUUUGGUUAGCAACAUAAACAUAGCGUAGAACUAUGGUUGUUUUAAAAUGGUAACACAGGAGCACAUGGAUCCUAUGGAUGCUAUGUAUCCGUACGUUGUUUAGCAAAUCAUAUCAUCUAGUGAUUUGAAACCACUGGUACAAAAGAAAGAAGAAAUAAUCCAGUCAGAAAAUCACAGUAUUUCUUCUGCAGACAGAAUAGCCUUUUUAAACGUACACUGCCAGUCAAAAGUUUUUGAACAGAUUUUUAAAGUUUUUAAAACAAGUCUCUUCUGCUCACCAAGCCUGCAUUUAUUUAAUCCAAGGUACAGCAAAACAGUACUAUUUUGAAAUAUUUUUACUAUUUAAAAUAACUGUUUUCUAUGUGAAUAUAUUUUAAAACGUAAUUUAUUCCUGUGAUUUCUAAGCUGAAUUUUUAACAUCAUUACUCCAGUCACAUGAUCCUUCAGAAAUCAUUUUAAGAUUCUGAUUUGCUGCUCAAAAAAAAUUUAAUGACCCCAAGCUUUUGAAUGGUAUAUUGUAUAAUGUUACAAAAGCUUUUUAUUUCAGAUAAAUGCUGAUCUUUGGAUAUUUCUGUUCAGAAUCCUGAAAAAAAAGUACUCAACUGUUUUAAAUAUUGAUAAUAAUAAUGAUUAAAAAUAUAUAUAUAUUUAACAGCAAAUCGGCAUAUUGAAUGAUUUCUGAAGGAUCGUGUGACACUGAAGACUGAAGUAAUGAGGCUGAAAAUCUAGCUUUAAUCACACGAAUAAAUUACAUUUUAAAAUAUAUUCCAAUACAAAGCAGUUAUUUUAAAUUGUAAAGAUAUUUCACAAUAUUACUGCUUUUUCUGCUUUUUAAAUCAAAUAAAUGCAGGCUUGGUGAGCAGAAAAGACUGAUUAAAAAUCCUACUGUUCAAAAACUUCUGACUGGUAGUGUACUUUUGUUAUUUUGAGUAACAUUUAAACGGUUCAAUAUUCAUAAAGACAUCUAGGAAUGUUAAAUUGCUAAAUCAUAUGCUUAAAAACCCAUCUACAUUUCCUGUGGAACAUUUUUAAGUCUGCAAUGAUGUUUUUGCACUGUGAAAAUAAAAGCUGUCGUCCAUUUAUUGUCAUGGGAACAAAUCUAGAAGGACAUUUUUAGUAGGUUUAAUUCAGGAGACUUUAUUUCUGCAGUGUCUGUUUUUGUCCAUAUGCGAAACUCCCGUUUGGUUGAACCUGGGUUUUUUUCACCACAAGGCAGUUGUGUUCCUGUAUUCUCUCGUCGUCUUUGUCCCAGAGAACAUUUCUUCAGUGUUAGACAUCAUUUCUUAAUUCUUUCCACACCUGCUUCUUCAUACAGCUGUGAAGACCAUGAUAUCUAAACCACCAUUUCCCUUAGCUUCUUGGCUGUGUUGCCUGAAUAUUAGACAUUUGCUGUGACGUCUCUUGACGGUACAGCGCUGACUUGCAUUAUGAUAUGACACGUUUUUAUAUCUUCAAAUGCCAUUGUUUGUAAAUACACUUGCUGGAGCAGCUCAAGUAAAUGAUUCAAUAAAUUUGUCAUUGUUGU